AUGGCGGAAUUUGGAGUGCUCGAAGCUCAAGAUGGUGUGAGAAUGCCAUGGAACAUCAUCCCCGUUGGAACGAACAAGGAGCAAUCUUCAAUCGACUCUGAAAUCCCAGUUUCCGCCAUUUUCACACCCCUCAAACCUCUUCGCUCCUCCGCCGAUCACUCUCUUCUCCUUCCUUACUCUCCUCUCCGUUGCCGGACUUGUCGCUCCGUCUUAAACCCUUUUUCCGUCGUCGAUUUCACCUCUUGCAAUUGGGGUUGUCCUUUCUGCUUCAAUCGGAGUCCUUUCCCGUCGAGUUACUCCUCGAUCGCCGAUAACAAUCUCCCUCCGGAGCUUUUUCCUCAUUUCACAACCGUCGAGUAUCUAUGCGAUUCCUUCUCUACUCCUUCUCCUCCUGUUUUCCUCUUCGUCGUCGACACUUGCCUGAUCUCCGAAGAACUCGAAUUCCUCAAAUCGUCUCUCUUCCAAGCUCUGGAUCUCCUCCCCGAUACUUCCAUCGUCGGACUCAUCACCUUCGAUUCAUUAGUCCGCGUCUACGAGCUCGGAUUCCCACACUGCACCAAAUCCUACUUCUUCCAUGGAAACAAAGACUGUACCAAAGAUCAGCUCUUGGACCAGCUGAGUUUCUUCGUCAAGCACCCCAAACCUUCUUCCGGUGUCAUCGCCGGUGCUCGAGAUGGUCUCUCCUCCGACGACAUUUCACGGUUUCUGCUACCAGCCUCCGAUUGCCAAUUCACUCUUCACUCUGCUCUCGAGGAGCUUGGAAACAACCCCUGGCCGGUUGCAGCUGAUCACCGACCUGCCAGGUGUACCGGCGUUGCUCUCCGUAUCGCUGCUGGUCUCUUGGGAGCUUGCUUUCCUGGCUCUGCUGCUAGAAUCAUAGCUUUUAUAGGUGGACCUUCCACUGAAGGCCCUGGAGCUAUUGUUUCCCGGCAACUUUCUGAACCAAUUCGCUCACAUAAGGACAUUGAUAAAGAUUCUGCUCCGUGUUAUCACGAAGCAGUCGAGUUCUAUGAGACGCUUGCGAAACAGCUUGUUCAUCAAGGCCAUGUUCUUGAUGUUUUUGCGUGUUCUGUUGAUCAGGUUGGCAUUGCUGAGCUAAAAGUUGCAGUCGAGCAGACUGGUGGAUUGGUCGUGCUUGCUGAAAGUUUUGGCCAUUCGGUAUUUAGGGAUUCUCUCAAGCGCGUGUUUCAGUCAGGUGAAAAUGAUCUAAGCUUGUCCUCAUGUGGUAUAUUUGAGAUUAAUUGCUCAAAGGAUAUCAAAGUUCAGGGAAUCAUUGGUCCUUGCGCAUCUCUUGAAAAGAAAGGACCAUUAUGCUCUGACACUGUCAUCGGCCAGGGACACACAAGUGCAUGGAAGAUGUGUGGCCUCGACAAAAACACUUCCAUAUGUUUAGUCUUUGAAAUUGCUAAAAGGGAUACAACUGAUGUUGUUUUGCAGACGCAGACCAACCAGUUUUACUUCCAAUUUUUGACAUAUUAUCAGCACUCAAAUGGUCAAACAAGACUCCGGGUUACAACUCUUUCAAGAAGAUGGGAGUUGACAAAUGGUUUUGACCAAGAAGCAGCAGCUGUGGUCAUGGCACGGCUUAUUUCUUUCAAAAUGGAGACUCAGCCUGAGUUUAAUCCCCAAAGGUGGGCUGACAAAGCUUUGGUAAAUCUAUGCUCCCGGUUUGGAGAUUACAAGAAAGGCAAUCCCUCUUCCUUUAGCUUGCCUUCUCAGUUAUCGAUUCUCCCGCAGUUUGUGUUUCACUUGCGCCGAUCUCAGUUUGUCCAGGUUUUUAACAACAGCCCAGACGAGACAGCAUAUUUCCGAAUGAUACUGAACAGAGAGAACGUUUCUAAUUCAGUCGUGAUGAUACAACCAUCACUGGUUUCUUUCUCAUUCCAUUCACCACCAGAGCCAAUUCUUCUUGAUGCGGCAUCUAUUACAGCUGACAGAAUCCUACUGUUGGAUUCAUACUUCACACUCGUGAUAUUUCACGGUGCUACAAUAGCUCAAUGGCGAAAAGCUGGAUACCAUAAUCAACCUGAACACCAGGAAUUUGCGCAUCUGUUGCAGUCACCUCGUGACUAUUCAGACACAAUCAUCAGCGAAAGGUUUCCCACUCCACGUCUUGUCAUAUGCGAUCAGUAUGGUUCACAGGCUCGUUUUCUCUUAGCGAAACUGAAUCCUUCGUCUGAUGGCAAUGGUCCUUUUUCCGGAGAGAGUAAUGUUUUCACAGACGAUGUUAGCUUGUCUGUGUUUCUUGAUCACCUUAGACGACUCAUUGUUCUAUAA